AUGCGUUCUUGUAAAGUUAACCUCCUUGGUAUUGUUAAAGCAAUUCUAUUUCUCAAUUUAAGAACUAUGCUUCUUCUGAUUCUUCUGUUUGGAUCCGUUGCCUAUCUGUAUGUCUUGGCGACUCUUCAAGCCAUGGGACAAGCUGCAGUUGAGGUUCUGGAAAAGAACGCUGAAGAUACAGAAAUCCUGGACAAAUCAAGUGCGUUGGCGCCCCCAACGGAUACAAAACGAACUGCAGUUAUAAUCAUCACUCAAAUGAGAAGCGGGUCCACUUUUGUCGGUGAGAUUUUCAACCAACAUCCAGGCGCAUUCUACAUCUUCGAACCACUUUGGGCCCUGGAAAACCACAGGAACAAAACUUACAAGAACAACCCAGGAAUGCAACUAGAACUUCUGCGGGGAGUUUCUUCUUGUAGAUUUGAUAAAAUAAAGAACAUCAUGAAGUUUUACCUCACCACGCCAGGCUUGGGUGUGAUGAAGACGUGUCAAACAGUUGACAAGAUGUGCGAUAGAUUCCGAGACAAACGUGAAAACGCCACCUGGCCCAAACGAUGCCCCAUCCCAGACGUAAAGCUUCCAAGCGUUCUGCAAAGAACUUGUGAGGCAAAACAGUUCACGGCGAUUAAAACAAUCCGUUUGGACGACAUAAACCUUCUCCAACCGUUGACAGAACAAACCGAUUUGAAUUUCAAAAUCAUUCAGUUGGUCAGAGACCCGCGCGCCGUCAUUGCGUCACGACUAAACCUCAGCAAAAAGAACGUUUCCGUUAUGACUGUCCUUCACAGCAAGGUCGACAAGGAGGAAGUAAAGCAGCUAUGUGAUUGGAUGAUCAAAACUGUGGAGCCUUUCAAAAACAGCACCGAUUGGUUACGAGAAAGAUUCGCGAUGCUUCGAUACGAGGAUGUCGGUAUGCACCCAAUAACUACCAUGGAGAAACUGUACAAUUUUAUCGGCGUGCCUGCAAAAACCGAAGUCUCCAAAUGGCUUGAGAGCCACGUGCACGCCGCGAAAAAGAGAAAGGACAGAGAAAAUCCAUUUGGAACUAAGAAAGACCCGGUAAAGAGUUCAAACGAGUGGAGGUCUCGACUUAGUAUCUAUCAAGUACACACUAUACAGUCUAAUUGUAAGAAGGCAUUGGAGCUAUUUCAUUAUCCAUGGGUCAAAACAAAAGAAGAGCUUAGAGAUCCUUCUCUUAACCUUUACAAAGAUCGGUAUUCUUUGAUUCCCUAACUGCUAAAAUUCCCUAAAAGAAAUGUAAUCCAGACUUUCACUGUGGUUCAGCUAUGUCAGUAAAGGAGCAAAGAUGUUAAGUAUAUAACAGUCAUAACUAGGUCCAAGCUACUGUAUAUGACGUUCAGAAAUGCCUCUGCACCUCAGGCGUCGCCAAAAAAAUA